AUGCCUGCUCAACCUGUCCCCGCUGAGCCUUCGCCCGAGCGAACACCGAGGUACAAUGUUGUAUGCUCGCCCGACGGCAAGAUAAUUGCAUCCGCGCAUAGCGGACCUGUCGUUAAACUCUGGGAUGUUGCCACUCGGUCACACCUCCGUGAUCUGAGUGUAGCUUACGACGGCAAGCAAGCCAGUGAUGUUGUUUUCUCAUCAGAUGGCAAGUAUAUCGCAUCCGCGCACGCUAGCGGAAAUGUCUAUCUUUUUGACGCUGCGGGGACGCAAGUCAACCGGUGUGCAUUUUCACCCGAUAGCAAGGAGCUAGCCUACAGGACUCAAGACGGCCAAGUUAAAACCUGGGAUAUGAACACUCUGACGCUGGAUCAUGCUCCCAGUGGUCAGAAAGACGAGCUCUAA